GCCUGUACUAGGUACUGAAUAAAGCUUUCAAUGUUCUUGAUUAAUAAAAUGCCAGUUACUUGCAUGUUACUCUCUUUCUCAUCGUAAUUUCUGCACUGCUUCCAUGACUUUAUACCAACUUUCAUUUAGUUUUAGCAUAUCAGCAAAAUGCUGUGCAUCCUUCAAGUGUUGCUCUUUCUCCCGCAACAUUUUCGCCAGCCUUAACUCGAUAUUCUCUCUUCGCAACCUAGCGUUAUCUGCCCGUAGCCUUUCCAUCUCUUUAAACUGGUCCGCUGACGUAGCCCGCUUGCGAGUCGGCUGCUUGAGCUGGUCUAGCUGGUCUAGCUGGUCUAGCUGGUCUAGCUGGUCUAGCUGGUCUAGCUGGUCUAGCAUUGUUCCGACACAUUUGACAGUGUGCUUUAUCAAUUUUUUCACUGUUGGGUAUUGUCUGUUGCAUAGGAAGCAAGAGCAUUCCAGAUAUGGCUCAGCGAUCCGUGGUGAAGGUAGUGUAGAAGGCAUAGGCUUGGCGAAGUUCGAACUCGUGAGUGACGGCGUGGACUCGAAAGAGGUGGGUUGGAAAGGCGUGGGUCUGGAAGAAAGGGGUACUUUGUUGGUAGGUUCAACUUCCGGUUGUCGAUCUGACUUUGUCAUUGGUAAAAGCAGUUGGACUCUCUCGUUCAUCUCCUUCAUUUGUUUCUCCAUGCCUCCGACCCUUUCGGCGAGUGCAAGGGUUGCUUUUUCCUGUGCAUCAUAUAAUUUUACCAUGUUGGCGGCAAACAAGUCAGUUCGGUCUUGGAUACCCUGUGUGAUGCUGCUGUAGUCUUUUGGACCUUUGGUUGACACGGCGACGGCGAUGGAAGGGGUUAUUAUACUGUGAGUAUGUUAUGACCCGCAAGGCUCUUCUGAUAGCUGACGAGGAUGGAUCCCUACAUAGGUAUGCAGGAUUAAUUUGUCGGAGUGUUGGCCCUAGGAUUGUAUAUGAGUCCUAUAUCUACCUAAAGUGCCCAUUUACAUGCAUAGUAUGCACUCCAGGGCUUUGUAUGGAAUCAUGUGGUCGACUGUCGUUGCCCCGCACCUCUUCCGAUUCUGCAGUGCUCCGUUUCUCUUUUUCUCUUC